AUGGCCGACCACCAUCGCCAUCAGCCGCGACCAUCAACCAGACGGGAAGUACUUGGACCGGGCGAGUCUCGCGCCAACAUCGACUCUUCUACACGCAGAAGCACGCGGCCCUCGAAAGCGCCCGAAGUGUCUUCGCCUGCAUCUCUCCCACACAACACAUCACUCACUGCUAAUGGCACCUUGGAUGUACGCACAAGCAGUCCCACCGCCUCAUCACCGCGUCAGACCCACCUCUCUUCGGCCGCGCCGGAGUCCCAGCGAGCCAGCAAACGUUAUUCAGAGAUAUCAAAUUGUACAACUGGUUCCGGAUCCGGUCGCAAGAGCUACGUUGGUCGAUGGCAACUAGGAAAGACAAUCGGCCAGGGAGGCUGCUCAACUGUUCGCCUGGUCAGACACAGGGACACUGGCCAGAUCGGUGCCGCAAAAAUCAUCUCCAGGAAGAUGGCUGAAACAGUUCGUGCGCAGAGUUUGGCCAAUCUAGCAGAGAUGCCCGACAAGUCACUCCAGGAUCUUGUUGCCGCCGGCAAGGCAAUGCCACCCCCUCCCCCAGGUCUUUUGCGUGAAAUUGCCAUCAUGAAACUACUCGAUCACUCCAACAUUGUUCGCCUGUACGAUGUCUGGGAGAACCACAACGAGCUCUACUUGAUCAUGGAAUACGUCGAGGGCGGAGAACUGUUCCACUACAUCGAAGAGUGUCGUGGCCUUGGAGAAGGAGAAAGUGUGUACAUUUUCCGUCAGAUUGUCGCUGCACUGCUUUACUGCCACCGCAUGCACAUCCAUCACAGAGACCUCAAGCCCGAGAAUAUCCUGCUGGAUCGCGAGAACAUCCAAGUCAAGCUGGUCGAUUUUGGUAUGGCCGCUUUGCAGCCAGAGGGCAAAAAGCUGACUACGGCAUGUGGCAGUCCCCACUAUGCUGCGCCCGAAGUCAUCAAGAGCAGACCCUACGAUGGCGCGCGAGCAGAUGUGUGGAGUUGCGGUGUCAUUCUAUAUGUCAUGCUCACUGGAAUGACCCCUUUCAACUACGACCAAGACAGGAAUCUUGGUGUCAUGUACAGAGCCAUUGCUGAGGCUGACUACUACAUGCCUCCAGAACUCAGUCGCGAUGCUCAAGAUCUGCUGCGCAAGAUCUUUGUACCAGACCCUCGUCGUCGUAUCACUAUGGAACAGAUCUGGGAGCAUCCUUUGCUACAUAAGUUUGAUGAGGAGUGGGGAUACACAGGACCACUUGCAUCGAAGGAAGCAUGGGUUGGACCAUCUCCAAUUCUCGAAGACUGGACCGUGACGCGCGAAUCCGAGGUUGACAAGGAAAUCCUUCGCAACAUGCGUACUUUGUGGCACAGUGUGCCUCAAUCCGUCCUCGUCAAGAAGCUCGUCAGCAACGAACCGAAUCAAGAGAAACUCUUCUACGCCGCUCUCUUGAAGCACCGCGAAGAUCACCUCGAAAACUAUCUCGGAGGCGCAGAUGCCAUCAGCUACUCUGCCAGUGACUACCAACACAAUACUAAUGAGCUCAAGGAUCAAGCUCCCAUGCCUAAUCAGAAGCAGCACUCGCAAUCUCAAUACUCUAUCAUGAACGAUGAGCAUCUUCGUACACCACAAGCCGGUGAUGAGAACCUGCCAUCUGACGGCAGUUACGACCCAUACCGAUCUUCGCGUUACCAAACCACACCCAACGGUACGCCAUACACCAAGGUCACUGUUCACCGCAGAGGCGAGAUUAGCUCGCACAAACAUAAGAGAAAGGUUAGCUUCUCUCAUCACCGCAAGAGCUCGCAAACCGCCGUCAGCACCAGCGCUCGCUUUACUCCAGAGCUCCAGGCCAAAGCUAGAUUCUCUCAACUCAUGCACGGAAGUCCCACUCCUGAUGCGAACAGCCCCUCUUGUCGCGUAGACAACGCUAUUCGAUCGAGAAAAGAGAAGUCGGUCACGCCUGCCCCUCGCACGCGACCACGUAAGAACUCGACAGGUGCAUUGAAGACGGAUAUCCGCAAGGCCAGCAGUGAGCUCGAACAGGCUUGCGAAGAAGCCUUCAACCGCUGUUCUUUCAGCUCAAGCGUGUUCACAACGGCAUCAGUGACCGAAAAGGCUGGCUACGAGACUCCUCCAUCAUCCGUCUCUAAGAGGGAUUCUGCUAGCUCAAUCAAGGAGCACGCCGCGCCUCGCCCUCUGCCUGCUCUCCCCACAGAUACACCCAAUACCUUUAUCACACGCACACUCGAAGAAACCCGCCACAAGCUUGCAGCACGAAGCGCAUCCGAAGGGAAUGAUGGCUCUGCCAAGAUCGAACAAGUCCUAGCCAACCUUGACAGAAUCAUGCCUGGCGACAAGCGUGCUGUUUCAGCUCCUGACCACCAUGUGAUGGACAACAGAGCACCUCUGCCAGUCAUAAGCGAAGAAGGCAGACCUGAAGGCUCUCAGGGUCGCCCUAGCACAGCCCACAGAUACAGAUCCGUCACGGCUCCGAUACCAGAGAAGACGGUCCGUAUGGUUCAGCCUUCGUCGCCCGUGUCACCCGCAAGUCCAUACAACUGGCGUUCUGUCGAGCAGCCAACCUCGCAGAACUCUCAAAACACUGUCGUCGACAGGACUCGUCUAACCGUACCCACGGCCGACCCUCGUAUGGUUCGCAAGAAGAGCAGCGACAGCGAUGUACCAUUGAGCCAGAUCUCUUCCCAAGGAUCUCAAGAAGGUACAGUCAAGAAGAAGUCUUCUUGGUUCCGUAAGUGGAAGGAACCCUCUGUCACCACUACUGAUGACAGCCAUCUUCGCCCUCGUUCGCCAAUGCCUUGGAACGAAAGUGCCGGUCAAUCCAACAAGCCUAGCGUGCUCAACCGGGACAAUCGCCCUCCCCAUCUGGACUUGACUAGCGCUCAGGUGCCUGCGCCCAAAUCUUCUUCGAGCAGCGAGUUCCCGAUGCGCCGUGAAAGCAAGGGAUUCAGCAAAUGGUUCGGCAGAAAGAAGGACUCGGAGAAAUGUAGGCUUACAAUUCUGUCUCCCCCCUCUGCUGCCACGUUUACCGGUCCGCUCAGUCCUUUCUCGACAGGUCCGCUUUCACCUCUACCUCCGACUACUCCUACCUCAGCUGGUGGCGAUAACGGGACACGUUCUUGGUUCUCCCGAUUCCUCCGUCUACGACCUGAAGUCCGUACCUUGGCCUUCAAUGUUCCACGUACCCGAGCAAGAACAGAAUUGGUCCGCAUGCUGCGCGAGUGGCAGCGACACGGUAUCAAAGAUUUGACAUACUUCCCUCAGGACAACGCAAUUACGGCAAGCAUCGAUAAAGUCAACUCCUUGGGCAUCAAGCCGGUCACAUUCAGGAUCGAGUUAUUCGUUGUGCUCAAGAAUGGCAGAAAAGCUGGCCUCUCGUUGGCGAGAUGUUCGCAAAUGCGUGGUGCAGCGAGUUCGUUCCGAAAAGUUAUCGAAGUUCUGGAGCAGGUUGGCAGAGACCGUGGCUUGCUUGUUGAUGAUGAAAGCCAAUGGAACGAACUCUGUGGCAUCUUGGCCUGA